GAGAGCAGAAGAAAAGCGGAAAAGGUUUCAUGGAGAAUGUGACUGUGUGUAGUCUGUAAUCUCUGUAUAUCAUUUCAUUCUUCUCAAAGCAACCUCUCCUCCAUAAUAUCUCCCUCUCCUUCUCUCCUUCUCCCUCGCUGGGUGGAUCCUUGGGUUGUCGAGAUCGCCAUCGAUGCCGGAUUCCACGAGUGGAGACAGAGACUGACGGACGGACCGUUGUGAGCUGAUAAUUUCAGGGAUUUCCAGCUUGAAUUGUACUCAAUUGUGUGCUUCGGUGGAGCUCGGAUAAUGGCUGCGGAGGGGGCGGGGCUGGGCUUCUCGGUGGCGUCGGUGGUGGAGGAUGUACUGCUCCAGCAGCAGGGGACGCGCCUCAGGGACGUCGACUUGGAGUCCAGGAAGGCCGAAGAAGCCGCUGUCAGGAGGUAUGAAGCAGCAGGGUGGCUAAGGAAAACGGUUGGAGUUGUUGUAGCGAGAGAUCUGCCCGCUGAGCCAUCCGAUGAAGAAUUUAGGCUUGGCCUCAGGAGUGGGAUAAUCCUUUGCAAUGUUCUCAACAAGGUCCAACCUGGGGCAGUGCCGAAGGUUGUUGAAGGUCCGUGUGAUUCUGCGGUCAUUCCUGACGGAGCAGCUCUAUCAGCAUUUCAGUAUUUCGAGAAUGUGAGGAAUUUCCUUGUAGCUGUCCAGGAGAUGGGUAUUCCUACUUUUGAAGCAUCUGAUCUUGAACAGGGAGGAAAAACUUCAAGGAUUGUGAAUUGUGUUUUAGCACUUAAAUCAUUUGGUGAUUGGAAACAAACGGGAGGAAGUGGAGUAUGGAAAUUUGGGGGAAAUAUAAAGCCUGCCACAUCUAGCAAAUCGUUCCUAAGGAAAAACUCGGAGCCCUUUACAAAUUCCUCGUCUAGAAACUCGUCAAUGAAUGAAAAGUCUUUGAGCGUGUUAGCUCCUGGCACGGACUCGAAUAAAAUGUCUGGAUCUUUGAGCAUGCUGGUACGAGCCAUUCUUUUGGAUAAGAAGCCUGAAGAAGUUCCAGCGUUGGUGGAAUCUGUUUUGAGUAAGGUCACGGAGGAGUUUGAGAGUCGAAUGGUAAAUCAAUAUGAGCUGAGGAAAAGCUCCCCAAAUGACUUUGGCGGCAAGAACCAGCUGAAAAGUACUUCAAAUGAUAAAAAGACUGAAGACAAGAAUAUCAAGCCACCGCGGAAAGAUGAAAGCUGGACCAAAAGUUCAAAUGAGGAAUCAAAAGCCCUUCUGCAAAAACAAAGAACCAUCUUUGAUGAACAACAAAGUGACAUUGAGGACUUAAAAAGUGCUCUUUAUGCUACAAAAGCUGGCAUGCAGUUCAUGCAAAUGAAAUUUCAUGAAGAAUUUGGCAAUCUCGCUGUCCAUAUUCAUGGCUUAGCACAUGCCGCAUCGGGAUAUCAUAGAGUUCUCGAAGAGAAUCGUAAGCUUUACAACCAAGUACAGGAUCUUAAAGGGAGCAUCAGGGUUUACUGUCGUGUGAGACCAUUCUUGCAUGGACAAUCGAGUUAUAUGAGCACCGUCGAGAAUAUCGAAGAGGGAACCAUAAGCAUCAGUACCCCAUCAAAGUAUGGGAAGGGGCAUAGAUCAUUUAACUUCAACAAAGUCUUCGGGCCAUCUGCAACCCAAGCGGAGGUCUUCUCUGAUACCCAGCCUCUAAUACGAUCAGUACUUGAUGGGUACAACGUAUGCAUAUUUGCAUAUGGCCAAACAGGAUCAGGAAAAACCUAUACCAUGACUGGUCCUAGACAGCUCAAUGAGCAAAGUCAAGGUGUAAAUUACCGGGCCUUGAGUGACCUAUUCUACCUUGCAGAACAACGAAAGGACACAUUUCGUUAUGAUGUUGCUGUGCAGAUGAUUGAGAUAUAUAAUGAGCAAGUCAGAGAUCUCCUCGUUUCAGAUGGAACUAACAAGAGACUAGAAAUCAGAAAUAGUUCUCAAAAAGGACUCAGUGUACCUGACGCAAGCCUGGUCCCUGUGGCAUCUACAUCCGAUGUCCUUGAUCUCAUGAAUCUUGGGCAGAGGAAUCGUGCUGUAGGGGCAACUGCCUUGAAUGACCGAAGUAGCCGUUCUCAUAGUUGCUUGACUGUUCAUGUCCAAGGAAGAGACUUGACCUCGGGGACCAUUUUCCGAGGAUGUAUGCAUCUCGUGGAUUUAGCAGGGAGUGAGAGAGUGGACAAAUCUGAGGUGACUGGAGAUAGACUCAAAGAGGCACAGCACAUCAACAAAUCUCUCUCAGCCCUCGGUGAUGUGAUCGCUUCACUCGCCCAGAAAAAUCCACACGUGCCCUACAGAAAUAGCAAACUGACGCAGCUUCUCCAAGACUCACUAGGUGGGCAAGCAAAGACAUUGAUGUUUGUUCAUAUCAGUCCUGAACCCAAUGCUCUUGGGGAAACAAUAAGCACAUUAAAGUUUGCAGAGCGGGUUGCUACAGUUGAAUUGGGUGCUGCCAAAGUAAAUAAAGAUGGUUCAGAUGUAAAAGAGCUCAAAGAACAGAUAGCAAGUCUUAAGGCAGCAUUAGCAAGAAAGGAGGAAGAGCCUAAACAUGGGCAACACUCUGUCUCUAUGAAAUCGGAACGACAUAAAAGGAAAGGUUCAGAGUUCUCUUUUAAUGCUAAUCAACUGCCUUUGGAUGCGAUCAAUGGUCAAAAUAGUUGCAGGCAACCAAUGGGUGAUGUGGGCAACAUAGAGGUAUUCCCAGACGCUGCAAUGAAGCAGAAGAAACCAAGCUUUGACCUUGACGAGCUACUUGGAAAUUCGCCUCCUUGGCCCCCAGUCCCUGGCCAAACCUACCGAGAAGACGAAAAGGAGAUAGGGAUGGGAGAAUGGGAAGACAAGGUGAUGGUGAACAAACAAGACAGAGUAUCGUUAGGUUGCUGGGAGCCCGAGAAUGCGAACUUGUCUGAUGUUUUCUACCAGAAAUAUCUCAAGGAUUCCCCCAAAAUCUUCCCAGAGCAAACAUAUAACAUGUUCAUGGGAGGCAAUGAGUUUAGUAACAUGGGUGGUGAUGAUGUGGAUGAUCUUGAUGCUGCCACAAGCGAUUCCUCUGAGCCAGAUUUGCUCUGGCAAUUCAAUCACACCAAAUUGAAUGGGAUCACAAACGGAGUUGGACUAAAGGCUGGUAAACCUGUUGCAUCAAAACCGACAAAGAACUCAGAUCUGAGGAACUUGAACACGAUUCAAGGUCCUUCCCCAUCUAGGAAGCCGUCAAACGGAUCGGGUCUACCUCUGCACCAAAACGGAAGGCAGCAGAGCGGUGCGGACGGGAAAAGGAGACUCAACAACAGAAAAUAACGAGAUUCACGUAUAGCCACGUAAUAAUAUCUUAUUCAUAAUUUUUUUCAUUUUUUCGAUUUUUUUCCCUCUAGAAAGAGUGAGAGUGAGUGAGAUUUUCCUAUAUAUAUAUCCUCUUCUUUUUCUUUUUCCCUUCUUUUUAUGGGAGGGUUUUGUGAUGUAAUGUGCAAUGUUUCUACAGAGCAAUAAGGCCAGUUGCUGCUCCUAUUGAUUGUAUUGUAAUUAAACUCCUUCAGACCUUCUAUAUGGAAAAGAACAGAGGAUCUUGUAUUUAGCA